AUGUCGACCUCGGCGGGCCCGCCAAUGCUCGAACUCCCAGUCAUGUCGGACAAGUCGUUCAUGCACACCGAGAAGCAUGAGCCCGAGGCGAACGGUAUUGGCUCUACGCACGGUCCCCUCUCUGAGAAGCCGCCUCCAUCCACCAUGCCCACCACUACCACCACGGCCGCGCCGUCCUCUCCUCGGUCCCCUACCGCUCCAUCAGCCUAUCCUCAGCCUCACGCAUGCCCUUCCAAACCCUCACUUCCUGCUCCCGCAUCUAAUCGCCUGCUCACCACCCACCUCCUCGCCCACCCAGACCACACCGCUAAGAAGGCCAUCCAUACCCAGUUCCCCAAUCCCAAUCCUAUCAUCCGCCUCGCGCGCCGUUUCAAGGUCAAGCACAGCGUCAUCAAGGGCAUGACGGAUCAUGAGUGGAAGCGGUAUGAGAAGAUGGCGCCGGAGUUGAAGCGGAAGGCGGGAUGGAAGCGGGCUGGUGCGCCGGCGGAAGAGGAGGGUGUGGAAGUGUCGGAGUUAUUCUGGAAGAUGUACCUCUCGCUCAUGCCCACGGUGGAGCGGGAUCCGCUAUCCGGUCUCGUCCCGCCAGACCUCCUCGGAAGCACGACCACUAUGCCCUUGACAGUGAUCUCCCUCAUUCCCGACAUCAUGCAGCACUACCACGACGUCAUCAUCCGGGCGAGGGACGAGGUCUUCCUCGCGACCAAUUACUGGCAACCCUCCAACUCCGUCACCACCAUAACCGGCUCCCUCCUCGAACUCUCCGCGCUCGUCGUCAAGGAGAACCGCAAGAAGAUCGUCGUCAAGAUCAUGUAUGAUCGUGGGAGUCUGGAGCAGAUCUGGAACUCGCACGCUCCCGUGGCGAAGGAGGCGUGGAAGCCGCUGGAUUUGCCUGGACCAGAUGAGAUCCCGGGUCUGGAGCUGGAGGUCAUCAACUUCCAUCGGGUAUUAUUGGGGACUUUCCACGCCAAGUUUCUGAUUGUGGACCGAAAAGUCGCUCUCAUCAACAGUAACAAUAUCCAGGACCGCCCUAACCUUGAGCUCAUGUCGCACCUGGAAGGACCUGUCGUCGACUCAUUCUACGAAAUCGCCCUUCACUCAUGGUACAACCGUCUCUCCCCUCCUCUACCCUGCAUGUCCACCCCCUACACCCCACCCCCAGGCGGCUACCUCUUCUCACACGACAACCCCUUCUUUGACGAUAUCGAGGUGCUCAAAGCCGCCAAGGCUGCUCGUCUCCUCCUCCGAAAACAAACACAGGAUACCGAUGCCGAGACCGCCGCGCUCCUGCGUGAGAAUGCGGGUGCACCCGGCGAUAGGCUGAGAGAUGCGGUGAAAAGAGUUGUGGAUCAUCAGAGGCAGAGUCUGGCGGAGUGGAGGCCGGGGGAGAGGUUUGAUGAGGCCAUGCAUGAUCUAAGGGAGAUGCGGGAGAGGUUCACGGGAGGGAUGGGGCAGGGGUCGAGGAGUCGGCCGGGGAGUAGGGGGCCGAGUCGGCGUGGAAGUGCGAAUGAGGGGAUGUUUAGGUCGUUGCUCAAGGGCGGAGAUAAACCCGACCAGAGCCCGUUACCUGCCGUAGACCCCUCAGAGGCCCCCUCGUCCCCUACCAUCGCCGAAACACCUAUCAAAAAGUCCCACCUCCCCCACCCCGACGACAUGACGGGACACAUCACACCCACCGGGUCGGUCGAGCUCUCCGGCCCCAGACGAGGGCAUACGACGAGCCACGUCGCUUUUGCGCCUGUGUUCGACGAUGAGCCCUCGGAUGCACCUCGGCGGAGUAUGGACAGCAACGUCAAGUCUCAAAGGGGGAUGUUGACUAUUCCGCCAUCGGGAGGGGCGGUCCUCUCGCCAUCGCCAAUAGCUACGGGCGUGGAGGGUCUGCCUCCUUCCCCUGCUUCGGCACUGUCGUCUAGAGCGUAUCCCCAGCCGGGCCAGCCGGGCCAUUCCGGAGCUGGUACUGCGACGAAUGCGAAUGGGGAGGUCUUACCGCCGAGCGCGAUGUACCCGGGCGAAGCACAGGAGGUGGAUCGGACGACGAUACGGGAUGGAGAAGGCGUGAUUGGGCAGCAACAGGUGUUGGUGGGUACGGAUAGCACGCCAGAGGGAAUGGGGAGUAAGCGGCUGUAUAAGAUGAGCAAGAUGUUUAAUGCCGCCGGUGUACUUUCCGAAGCAUGGGCAACCGUCGAAGAUUCCGACGACCUCGACACGUUCCAGCCGCAUGUCGUGCACAAGCCGCACAAGCCUGUUCCGGUCGCUAUGGCAUGUCGAAAACCACACGGAUUCCCGGGACAUCAUGAUAUUCGGAAUCCGCAGAACGCGGCGUGGUUGGCCGGGUUCAGGUAUGCCAAGCACAAGGUGUUCAUCCAAACCCCCACCCUCAACGCCCGCCCCAUCGUCCGCGCCGUCAAACAAGCAUGCCGACGCGGCGUCUCCGUCUCCCUCCUCCUCGACCUAGGCUUCAACGACAAGGGCGAGUCCAUCCCCUUCCAAGGCGGAACCAACGAGGAAGUCGUCGUACGUCUCUACAAGGCUCUGCGUGCGGAAAAGAAGGAGCAAUAUCUCAAGGUGUAUUGGUAUACCGGCAAAGACCAGGUCCGGCCGCUUAAUGCGGUCAAGAAGCAGCGGAACUGCCAUAUCAAGUUUGCGGCGUAUGAUGACGAGGUGCUCAUUAUUGGGAAUGGGAAUCAGGAUAGUCAGAGCUGGUUCCAUUCGCAGGAGAUUAAUAUUAUGGUGGAUUCCAAGCAAAUCAUACAAGAAAUGAUGGAUACGCUACUCACCAACCAAAAUACAAUCCAGUACGGUCUGGUCGAUACCGAUGGGAUAUGGCGGGACAAGGAGGGCAAGACGCUGCAGGAUUAUGGGGCGACGGAGGGAAGGAGGUUCAAGGGUCUGAGUGGGUUUAUACAGUUCGCCAAAACCAUUUGA